UUGACGUCAAUCGUUGUUUGUGAUUGGUCAUAACCUUUUCCGGUGAGGCAUCCAGCCACCCAAGGACUGUGGGAAAGCCAGCUUAACGGAACACAACAACGUCGACAAACACAUCGAAACGACUCAGGUCAGCAGGUCACCAUGGCGUCCAGCAGUACUAGCAGUGAAGAAGAGAGGAGCUUGCGAGAGUGUGAGCGCUAUGUGCAGAAGCACAAUAUCCAGCAGCUGUUGAAGGACUGCAUUGUGCAGCUGUGCACCUCCAGGCCUGACAGGCCCAUGGCUUUCCUCAGAGAUUACUUCGAGAGGCUUGAAAAGGAGGAAGCUAAACAGAUGGUUAGCCAGCAGAAGUCGAGCUCUCGUUCUGAUUCUCGUGAAGAUGAGGUCUCUCCUCCCAUGAACCCCGUGGUUAAGGGUCGACGACGCCGUGGUGCCAUCAGCGCAGAGGUCUACACAGAGGAAGAUGCCGCUUCCUACGUCAGAAAGGUUAUUCCUAAAGAUUAUAAAACUAUGGCUGCCCUUGCCAAAGCAAUCGAGAAAAAUGUGCUUUUUGCCCAUCUUGAUGACAAUGAAAGAAGUGACAUUUUUGAUGCCAUGUUCUCAGUCACCUACAUUGCAGGAGAGACUGUUAUUCAACAAGGGGAUGAGGGUGACAACUUUUAUGUUAUUGACCAGGGUGAAAUGGAUGUUUAUGUUAGCAAUGACUUGGUGACCAGUAUUGGAGAGGGUGGCAGUUUUGGUGAGUUGGCUUUAAUCUAUGGCACUCCGAGGGCAGCCACUGUCAGAGCAAAGACCAACGUCAAGCUGUGGGGGAUUGACAGAGAUAGCUACAGGAGAAUACUCAUGGGAAGUACUCUGAGAAAGAGAAAAAUGUAUGAGGAAUUCCUUAGCAAGGUCUCCAUUUUGGAGUCUCUGGAUAAAUGGGAGCGGUUGACUGUCGCUGACGCCCUUGAGACUGUCCAGUUUGAGGAUGGUCAGAAGAUUGUUGUGCAGGGUCAGCCUGGGGAUGAGUUUUUCAUUAUCCUUGAGGGGUCUGCAGCUGUCUUGCAGCGACGGUCAGAGAAUGAGGAGUUUGUGGAGGUUGGAAGACUCGCACCAUCUGACUACUUUGGUGAGAUUGCCCUGCUCAUGAACCGGCCUCGUGCAGCCACCGUGGUCGCUCGCGGCCCACUGAAGUGUGUAAAACUUGACCGUCCCCGGUUCGAACGCGUGCUCGGCCCCUGUUCAGAUAUCCUGAAGAGAAACAUACAGCAGUACAACAGCUUUGUGUCUCUGUCGGUCUGAGAUGCCUGAGGCUCUUUCCUCUUCUAUUGCAGGGUCCACCAAUGCAAAUCCGCUUUAUUUUCGUACCUUUUCUUUAUGCAUUUUCCAACACCCAGGUGCCCAUUUACUUCAGUGUUCUUUCUGUUUGUUUAUCGGUUCGUGCUGUCGCGUUUGUGUCCAUCAUAGGUUUUCCAUGAGGCUGAUUGUUAGUUUUGCCUGAGAAACGAGCCAAUUAAUGUGCCACAGAUGCCUGUCACGUGAACAGUUGUUGAAAUAACAAGUCCAUCAGGAUUUUUUCUAGCCUCCUAAUUGCUUCAAGUUUCUCUGUAACAGUGUUUAGAAUCGAAAGGGUAACAGUGGCAAGAAUGACAGUUGCGUUGUGUAUUUACACAGUAUAUUGUGAUGUAUCUUAUUUGAGCCAUUGAAGAGUUUCAGAUUCAGUUUACCCUCAUUCAUUUCAAGCGUUUGAAUAUAAGGAAGCCAAAGGCAAAUCCUUGUGUGUUAUGUUGUUUUCUCGAGGGUACUGAAGUUUAAUGUCACCGUGUUAAUCAUGGUGACCAGCUUUGCUCUUAUUGUUCUAGCUGCACAUAUAUAGUGUAUGUAAAUGAUUAUAUAUUAGAAGUAAAUGACCAUAUCCAUAUUUUUUUGCACAGUUUGAUAUCUAUAUAUACGUAUAUAUUAAGAACACUUUAUAUGCGCCUGCGGUUUUUCAUUGUGGCAUUUGAUCCUAUUGCAUUAGGGAAACAAAGGCUUUUUUCGUACUCUUUUGGAUAUUGUGUUCUUCCAUCAUCCUCCAUGUUACAUACACAGGCUUUCGCUGGACUCUUAUGUAGAGCAGAUCAGGAUUAGUCAAAUCUCUUUUUCAAGUUACUUUUCACAUUUUCUGUGUUACGAGAUGCGGUCUGCUGCAGUUGCUUUUGUUUGUUUGCCCCCCACACACACACAGAAUAAUGUUAUUUGCAUAAAACCAUUAUUGUGUUUUACAUUUUUAGAUGUUAGCACAGAAAGGUUGACGGUUUAAUGAAGUUUGUUUUUAAUUGUUAAGAUCAGGAGAGUUAGAGAAUGUAAUAGUUGUGGUUAAUCUUUGAUACCUGGCUGACAAAUUGACAAUGUAAACACAGUAGGAAGUGACUGCUCGAUGGCCUCCUUGGUGGUCAUGAUUUUUUAUGCCUUUACUAUUAGCUUUUCUGUAUGAGAGUUUAUGUGAACUGCUUCGAACUGUGCAUCUCUCUUUUACCUACACUUUUUAAACUGAAAUAAACAAAAUUUAGGUAUGUGGAAAGCAAGUCAGGGUUUAGAAUCUGAAAGUUGUUUUCAUGUCAUCAGUGUCCUUUUUUUUGUUUGUUACAGAACUAGAUUAUUUACUCUGCUCAUAGUUAAAUGAAGUCUUAAAACUGGGACAGUAUUUACAGCUUGUGUUAAUUUGAUAGGGACUGUAUACCAUGGUUGGAGUCCGUACAAUGUUAUGAAAUAGAUUUGUGAAACAGUACCAUCACCACCUUGAUCUCUUAUCAGUUAUUGUUCUUUAUGGUUCUCAGAGUUGUGUUGUAGAAUUGUACUGGGUGGUACGAUAUAGUGUUAACCACUGCUGAAGGUAGAAUUUAAUUGAUGUCCCACAGAGAUACUCUUGUAUUAUUUUUAAAUGAUCGUUUUGCCCCUUACUUUGUUGAGUUAUUUAAUGUAUACAUAUAUCCAGCUCCUUUAUAUUACAGACUUUCGUUGCAAGAUAUUAUGUAGGUUUGAAAAGUGCCUGGUUUCUGUACUUUUUUCCCCUAGUCAUGAAUGUUUCAUCAGUUUGAAACCUGUAUUGUUUGUAAAAUACAAUAUUUUAUGUAAUCCUUAUAAUGGUCCUGUUAACAGUGUCAUUGAUUAGUAAAUUCUUUCAGAUAUAAACUAAAAUCUUCAAUAUGAAGAGUUUGCACAGAGUUAGAAUUAAAGAGAGACCAUUGAAUUGGCCUACAUUUGGUGUGUAAUCCUCAAAAUCCGAGUUUCCCCAAAUAACCACAUGAGUUGCUUUCGUCCUCUGUUGUCAUUACACUUGAUUUGAAAAAGCCAUAUGGGAUAAUAAACUUUUACUGACAUGCUCAUUCACAGAUUUCUGCCACUGUAGUUCUAAGACUUGAUUAGAAUAUCAGAACCAACGAAAUCUUGGUGCUGUAGCUUUAAAACCACAGAAUUCGCCACCCUUAGUUGAAGUGAUCAUAGCCUGAAUAAUAACCGUUCCUCUGUAUUUUGGUGGUUCAUGCCUUAUAAUGGGGAUAAAUAAAUUAACUAGUUUCAAUUAUUUCUAGUAUGAGUUGUCCUUAAUCUUAACUGUUGGAGAUUGAUUGGCAAUUGCAGUAGUGCACUUAUUAGUGCUCAGGCACGGUUCAUUUUAAAUAUGUUUGGCAGUAUAGGACUAGUGUUGAAAUAAAUCUUUUCUUGCCGUCUUCUGUAAAUUGCAUCAUUAAACCGCUAUUGUGGUUCCCCUCUUCUUUUGUGAAUAGAUGCCACCACAAAUUCAAUUUUCUGCUUAUUUAAUUGUGGUUUUUAACAACGCAAAGCCUUGUAUUUUAAAGAACAUUCAGUGGUACAUCGAAAAUGCAUUUAAAUUGCCACCCUACCUUUUUUUGUGGUUUGCUUUUCAUUCCCUGCUCGUGACUGCCAAUGGUGUUUUCAGUAAAAUUAUAUUAGUAUUUACAGAUGAAUUCAUGUGUUGGUUGGAAGCUUUUCAGCAGGGUUUACAGAUUCCUGUUCACUCAUUUUUUUCAGCUAUUCAGUUUAAGCCCUCAGCACAGAGAGUUGUAAAAUGUCAGAGGACCAUUUUCUAUUAUUCUUUUUCUAUAACUGUAUACGGUUUUAUUUCAUUGGAUGUGCUCAAGUUGUAUCCCUUUUGGUAUAGAUUGUCCCAAUGGCAGGUCAAGCAAUAAAAUGAUUAAUUCUUGAAUCUUUAUGUCUCCUGUUU